AGUGAAGUUCAUAAUUCUCUUGAUUUGUAUAAGAAUAAAAGAAAUAGUAUUUGACUAACGUUGUAUAUCCGUUUCCCAUUUAAACAUCUUGAACACCCCCGGACACGUAUGCAACUGCCAUUUUGUAGCAGCGUCUCUUCUGCUGAGGUUCGUCUUGUGAGCUGCUCCGGAUUUCGAAAUGGUGAAGAUGGAACAUGAGGAUGGCAAAAACGAGCCUGAACACGUCCGAAAAUUGUUCAUUGGUGGACUUGACUAUAGAACUACCGACGACUCCUUAAAGAAGCAUUUUGAACAAUGGGGGGAAAUAGUUGACGUGGUAGUCAUGAAAGACCCAAAAACCAAAAGAUCUCGUGGAUUUGGUUUUAUCACUUACUCGCGGGCUCACAUGGUGGACGAUGCUCAAAAUGCUAGACCACAUAAAGUUGAUGGAAGAAUAGUAGAACCGAAACGUGCAGUCCCUCGCCAGGAAAUCGGAAGACCAGAAGCUGGUGCGACAGUAAAAAAACUUUUUGUUGGCGGUCUCAAAGAGGAUAUGGAUGAGGAGCAUUUGAGGGACUAUUUUAAAUCUUAUGGUCAUAUUGUGUCGUGUGCUAUAGUCACAGAUAAAGAAACUGGAAAGAAGAGGGGAUUUGGUUUUGUGGAGUUUGACGAUUACGAUCCUGUUGAUAAAAUUUGUUUACAAAGAUCACACCAACUUAGAGGGAAACACAUAGAUGUUAAGAAAGCUUUAAGCAAGGCAGAAAUGGCUGGAGUUGGAGCAGGAGGAAGAGGAGGUGGCCGAGGUGGUCCCAGAGGAUCUGUUGGUGGUGGUGGAGGUGCUGGAGCUUGGGGAGGUCCUCGUGGAGGUGGUGACUGGAACAGUGGAGGUGGAUACAGCGGUGGUGGUUGGGGAGGUGGAGACCCCUGGGAAAGCCAAGGUGGUGCUAGUGGUGGAUGGGGACAAGGAGGUGGUCAAGGCUACAGUGGUGGGGGAGGAAACUGGAGUAGUGACAGCUUUGGUGGUGGCUACCAGCAAAACUAUGGAGGUGGCCCAGUCAGAGGCAACUUUGGAAGUGGAGGCAGACCAAGCCCCUAUUCUGGUAAGAAAGAGCCAAGUUCCUAUUCUGGUGGUGGUGGAGGCGGCGGUGGCUACAGCACUGGUGUGGGAGGAGGAUAUGGAGGUGGAGCCCGGCGAUAUUAAUCUCUAAAUUGCUCUUUUACACGCCUUAAUAUCCAGGUCCUACCAUACCUUAGGCUAACUGACAGGGCAGGCAUAGAAAGGAAGUCAGUGCAAGGCAGAGGCAGGCUAUAUGAGGCACAGGGUGGCAGGAUUAGCAAGCAGAUUAGCCAACCCCGAUCAGCAUUCGCCAGGCAUAGGAGAGACACAGUAUAGGCCAGCCUUACAGCCCAAAGUCACAUCAAGACACAAGUGUUAUUUUUAUGGUCAGUGGUCUGAGGUUAUUGUUGAGUUGCACAUGAGGACAAUGUUGCUAAAGUGCACAGCAUAAAAAUAGGCUCUGGAUAUUUUCUGCACUUAUGUGUAAAUGCUAAGCAUUUUGUGGGUACCUAUUCCCAGAUGAAAUUUUAAUUUGACACUUGUAUUGUUCCAUUUUCUUUCUGGCAGUACAACCUGCUUGAUUUAUCUUAAAAGGAAUAUCACUAAUAAAAAUUCUAUGUGACUGUAGGUUGAAUUGUAAUUUUGUUUAAAGUAUAUUAAAUGUGGCAGUUUUAGUUAAGAUUGCUUAUUUUUCACUCAUAAAUCCAUUAUACCACUUAUUGUAUAGCAGUAUUAAGGAAGUGUGUGCAGUAUGACUAGGUUUUUUGGGUCAUUUUAAGGUACAUUUCAAAAUUGUCGUUCUUACCUAGUUUUGACUGCAUAAUUGUCAUGUGAGGUGUGUCAAUAAAUGUUUACUUGGAAGAAAUGUGUCAUUUAAUUAGGUUAGGAUCAUAGUAUUUAUUGCAUUUAUUUUUGCAGAAGGUAUACAGGGUGUAGGUACAUGACUAGUAACUGAUUCAUAGUAAUACUACCUACUUCCCUGAGCUUUGUCACUUGUGUUCAGUGAGCAAGACUUUGUUCUGUACAAAGUACACCAGAUGUGCUGAAGUGCUUACUUCUGCUUGUAAUGUGGAAAGUAGCAUUUCAGUGAUCUGCAUAAUCAGGUUAACUGUAUUUUAGCAGAAAUUUUGUAGAUCUCAAUUCACAUUGUAUUUAAACAUGAAUUAAAUAUAUGUGUGAAGAGGCUGAGUUUUCAUUAUCCAGUAUGUAUUACGGAUUUACAUCAUGAAGAAAUAUGCAGUGUAGGUACUAUUGUGAUUUUUUUACACCUUUACCAAUGUUCUUGGAAACUACUACUAAUAACAUGCUUUUCUUUCUGUUGGAGUUGCCAUGUGCAAGAUUACCUAACCUGUUCCUGAGGAAUGGUAAUGACAAGGCUUGCGAUGCCAAAACUGUGGAACCAAAGUGAGCACAUUUUUUAUUUCACAAAACUGCGUCAAGGAUGCAUGUGUAAUUUAUUUACUUACGAAUGGCAAUUGUCCAAAUUAUUAUAUGUAAACAAUUCUAAAUAUAUGUGAAACUAAAGGAUUUAUGGUGAGUACAUUUAAAUCAAACUGAAUUUUAGAACAAAACUUAGUUCUAAAGAGUUAAUACUGCCAUGUGGCAAUAUUUUAACAGAAGAAAUUGCAAUAUUCAGAAAAGUAAAAGAAUACAGUUUGUUUAUGUACAAAAUUUCUUAUAAAAAUUAAUAUAUCUACUAAUCUGCGUUUAGCUUGUGUUUUUUAACUGAAAGUGAAAACAUUUGUAAAUUUGCUUGCUGAAAUAUAUUCAAUCAAUCUUUAACAUAGAAUCUUUAUUCCUGAUCUAUUUAGUUUUGUUGACUUUUGCAUGUGUAUUUACAAACUUAACUGUGUGAUGGCAGAUUGCCAAUAAAUAUUAUAUAACAUACAAUAUGUGUUAACAAAUAUUGCUGUUAUAACCCUUAAAAACCUCAAACAAUUAGGACAAAAAUAGUACUCCCUCCCCCUCCUUUUUGAAAGAAAAGUAUGGGAUCCCUUGGAUUAGGACAAUUAAGUGCAGUUUCUAUGGUCAACCAACAUCUCCAGUACCUGAAAACAUAGUCUUUCAAAUAUUCUCUAAAAGUUGUGUUCAGUGUUUGUAUAGAAUUUGUGGUUUUUAUGAGAACUUUCAUGAUUGUAGGAACUGGAGUAAAAUUCAAGUUGGAAAUGCAUUAUUUAAUGGCAAUGGAUUUGGUCAGUCAUUAAGGGGAUUAAAUUCAACUUCAAUUAACAGUAUUGUUGGCAAUAAAUGUAGCAAAAAGUGAUUUCCCUUAUGAAAUGGGACUCAUUCUAAGAAUUUAGGAUCAAUAUAGUUCUUAAUAAAGAGAUGUGAAUUAAAUAUUUUUGUUUUUAAAGAUAUAAUUUUACACAAUGCUGAGCAUUGCUUGAAGAAAUUCUGUAGCAAAACUAUUUCCAUUUUAUUUUGUCAUAUUACCUGCUUUUGUAACCAUGUAUUAUUGUUCAGUAUUAGUCUCCCUUUUCGUUUUAUAUGAAUUGUAAUACAAUUAAUAAAUAUUUGUUUUUCCUCUUGGGUGAGUUUAAUAAUAGCAUUGAAGAAAGAUAGCAACUCCACUUAUUUCCUCUAUGGUAUUAACAUUUAACACAUAGUACUCCACAACAGUUCUCCCUACUCUUUUUGGCCACAUGAAUCAAUUGAUCAGUCUAAUUUGAGGAGUAGAUGAAAGAACUCUUUAACCUGCACAUAAGGUGGACCAUUUAACUGCUCCAAUAUAUUGUAUUCACUAGUUUAGUGAGUCUUUUUUAUAAUCCAUUAUUGUUACAUAAACUCAAAAGUUUUAGGUAUGAUUCUUGUUUUGUUGCUUAUUUUGAAGCGACUAUUUCAUUCAUAUGUCCACGUAAUAAGAAACCAAUGCGAAGCAACAAUAUAUUCAAAUUAAAUCAAUCCCAGAUAUCUAUAACUUUGUUUAACUUUUGCACUCUCCUGUAAUCACUUUGUUUACUUUUUUAAGAUAAUGAUAGCAAAUAUUUUAAGUCAAUACUAGCUUCUGAGCAUCAACAUUAUAUUAAAAAUGUGUUGUUUUGGUAAUAUUUAAAAAUCUUAAAUAAAAUCUAUUAUUAAAGAUUCAGUGCCUAAAAACAGCAAAAGAAACAGAAAAUGUUUGGAAGCAAUUUCAAGAAUUUUGUAAAGAAAGAAAAUACCAAUGGACAGCACAAACCUCAAAUGAAGAAGUAACACGUAUUUUGGGCAAUAAUAUGCACAGAUUAGAUGGUGAAGAGUAAAAAGAAUAUGCUAUCAUAACUAUGUGAAAUGUUACAACCAAAAUUACACAAGAAAAUACUUUAAUUAGUAUGCAAGCAAGUCCAAUCCGUUCGAAAUUGAUGAAUCCAGCUGCCAAUUCAGCUUGCACAUCUUCCAUUUUGAAUACAUGAAAUCGAAAGACAUGGAAAACUCAACUUCCUAAAAAUUUAAUAAUUGUGUUUUGAAUACAUGUUCUUGUAAGUAGUUUUGGUAUAAUUGUUUUUGAAAGUUUUAUUACCAUAAUAUCAAAACAUAUUUGAAGUUAUUUUCUGCAUUAAACUCAUUCAUAUUUUAAUUGUUUAUAAGUUAUUCCAGGAGACGGUGAUAACUCCAAGCUGAAUGAAAGUUCAACAUAUUCCAGUAGCAAUUUUGAGUAAUAUCUCUUUUUCACAAUUCCUGUGAUUUUAGUUAUCCACUCGAUUCAUGUAAUGUCUUAAUUCGUGAAAUAGUCACACCAAAAAUCACUCAGUGCUGUGAUAUUACUUAUGAUAAUUUUUGUUCUAGACUUGUGAUAAAGAAACUUCCGAAAACUCUGUAUUAAUCAAUUUAAAUUUAGUAUCAUUUUCUUAUCUAAAGUAAUAAUAAAAAUGCUUAUUUUAUUUCCUGAGUCCCAUCCGAAACAUGUAAUGAGUUUUAUAAUCUCAUGAAUUGGAAAGAAUAUAUGGGAAUAUACAGUAAUGGUUUAUGACAUUCUGUUAUUUAUAUUUCAUUUAUGUACAUGAAAGAACACUUUUAAUGGAGAGAUUGUGGUUUCAUUGUAAAUUUCCAAUGAAAUUUACAAAAUAAAUGUAUUAUCUAUCAUUUACCCACCAAUGAAGGAAAAUUGUAAAAUCACAUGCGGAGACUCAUUUUUCUCUGAACUAUUAAACCAUUAUUCCAACCAACUCCUCAAUUAAUUUCCUCUGCACAAAAUUUCACAGGUUUAAAGAAGAAGAAAAUUUAGAGUACAAGUUAUUUAAUAGUACCUAUCUAAAAAUAAGAAAACAUGAUGUAAGAAAUGGUUUACAACUUACCACUGUAUGUUGCAAUUGUA